GUACACGUACAACUAUUGGCGUGGCAGUGUCGUUCCUGGUGUACUUCCCUGUGAUUUUUUGUUUGGUUUUUCAAGUGAAUAUUACAAGCGAGAAGUUACAAAUCGUAAUUAGUAAAACACUAAGGAAAAGAGACCAAUGAGGAAUUAAUAAUAAGGAAAAUAACAAAGAAAAAUAAUGAUAACAUGGCAAGUAACAAAAAACAACAAUGAUAACAAAGAAAAAUAAAUAAUAUUAAAAAUAACAAUAACAAGGAAAAUUAUAAAGAAAAUAACAUUACCAAAGAAAACUAAAAGCAUUAACAAAAGAAAAAAAAGCAAUAAAUCGCAAAGACAAAUAACAAGGCAAACAACAUUGACAAUAACAAAACAACAACAAUAACGAGGAAAACAAUAUCAACGAGACAUUAGCGAAGACUUAUCGCCAGACAAAUUCCAAACAGGACAUUGGCUUGUUAUCUGGAAUCAUCAUGGAGGUGGAGAAGACUGUGGCCGAGGUGCACUACACUGUGAAGAUCCCCCAGCUGUCUACCUACAAGGAGUUGAGUCACACCUUCACUACGGACUUCCCGCUUUCAUUGAACGGUCUCCGUACCCUCUGGCGACUAACUGUGACUCCUUUCCUCAGAGAAAACGGCUGUGGUAGCGACGACCCAAUAAAUCGCAACAUUGGUAUAUCUCUUGAAUGUUUAAAAUGCAACAUCAAUCGUCCUGGUAUUGAGGUGUUUUGUAGUGUGUCGGGCCGAGACGAGCAUGAGAAGCAGCUCACUCAGAGCAAUGAUGGACUAAUGUGGGAGGGGAUUUUGGUUCCCAGAUUAGCGCUUCGUAUCUUCAAGCUUCUGGACGACGAUCAGCUGACAGCCAACCUGCGCUUCCUGGUGCCUGGGACAGAUCUUUCGAGAGCAGUGGAUUCCCUGAAAAACCUGAGUUGUCAAAUGAAGGAAGUAUAUAAGAGUGGGCGGUAUUGCGACGUGGAGGUCAUCACCAGUGACGGGGUGAGGCUCCCUGCCCAUCGCGCUGUACUACGCACACGUUCCAACCUCCUGAAGGAGGCUAAAUCUGGUAAGAGGUUUUGUGAGACCGACAGUACAGCUAAUACGCCUCUGCCAGAGCCGGACACGCCCAGAGUUGAGUGUCACCUGACUAGACCCGAGACCCCAAUCAACAGCACAUUUGGCAGUAUAUCUUCAGGGUACCAGUCCGUCGCCUCCCUGUCUCCAGACUCCUCCGACAGCAACACCUGUAGGAAUAUGGCGUCGCCCUGUCUAGGACACAAGUCACCCAUGAAAGCAUCACGCACUCCGGCGGGCACACCAUCCAAGGUGACCUUCGCUCCACACACCACCACCGCCUCCCCUGUAAAGUGUUCUUAUACAUUUUCUGAACGGGUCUUCAGUCCUAGCCGAGCUACCCAAAGCAAACGUCUCUUGGCUUCCAGCACAACGUCUCCUAGCAAACGAACGAACGCCCCCAGCAACUCCCCCAUGAAGCGUGCCUACACCCCAAAGGAAGUGGUAACUAGGAGACUGAACCAACUGCACACCCAAGAUACCAAGAACGACCUUCACUGUCACGAGAAUUGUCCCUCGCCUAAGUGCAGCAACACACCCAGGAGCCCACUGAAGGAAGUUAACAACACGCGUGUAGACGGCGCCGCUGAGUUAACUGUGAGAGUUAACAUGUCGGCCUCCGUCACCCAACACCUACUGGAGUGGAUCUACACGGGAGAGUGUAGAGACCUGGGAGGAGUGGCAAGACCGCUGAUGGUGGCAGGUCUACGUCACGGCGUACUCGACCUGGCCAGGGCCUGUGAGGAGCACCUAGCUGCUGCCCUCACGCCCAACACAGCCCCCGAGCUGCUCCGGCUGGCGGACAAAUAUGGUGCCGCCACGCUGCGAGAGGCCACCCUUCAGUACGCCCUCACCCAUGCAGCGGAAGUGACGGCCCAGCCUUCGUGGGCGUGUGUGGCCUCCCACGCGCCUACACUUAUACUUGAGUUCUCGCGCCGUCUCGCCCUCCACACCUACGUCAAGAACUAACACCAUGCCCACACCAAGGACCUCACGCCCACGCCAAGAACUAACACCACACCCACACCAAGGACCUCACGCCAAGAACUAACACCGCACUCACACCAAGGACCUCACGCCCACGCCAAGAACUAACACCAAGCCCGCACUAAGAUUUCACAAUCGAAAUGUGACGUGCCUGGUACUGUCUGGCAGCUUGGCUUGUCUUACUGUUCAGAUGAGUCCCUGUCUUGAUGAGGCCUUAGGGUACAGUAGAACUUGGGCCUAUUAGGACAUUGCCCUAUUAUAAUUGGGGUCUAUUAUGAAUGAGACCCAUUAGAACUGUUCUGGUACUAAUUCAUACAUACACUCCUAAACACACAUGCAUAUCUUCCCACACACAAAGGCAAACAUACGUAUAAAUGUAAGUACACAUACACACACAUUGUCAAAUUUCACUCGUUUUUAGUCUUUCCUUGAGUAACUUUAAGUAUAUUUUCUUUUCAUAGGAUAUAUUAUAACUUAAGACAAGGUCAUUAUAUUAUUACUAAGGCCCUUACUAUUAAUUCAGGAAGAGUAUAAAAUGUUUCACUAUUACAUAACCAUAUUAUAGAAUCACCCAAUAAAUGAAAGUUGAGGGAA